AUGUUGUUCGUCCCUGACCAAUCUCUUCCCCAACUCCCAAGCAUUCCCGACACAGUGCCCCUCUGCGAUUUCAUGUUUGAUGAGCAGUAUGGACGGCACCCCGUUGCGACAUCUCUUGAUCCCUAUACUUGUGGACUGAGUGGUAGCAGUAUCUCGGCCCAGGAACAGAAAGGUCGUGUUGAGGCCCUUGCGAGAUCAUUGGCUCAGGAAUUCGGAUGGAGUGUCAAUCAGGGCAGUGAGUUCGACAAGGUGGUCGGCAUAUUUGCUCUCAACACUGUGGACAUAAUGGGAUUAUCCUGGGCCGUCCAUCGCUUGAAUGGCAUCUCUUCCCCUGCAAACGCGAUGUACAAUGCAGAAGAGCUCACACAUCAACUCGUGACAUCAAAGUGCAAAGCGCUCUUCACCGUUCAGUCUCUUCUGCCCGUCGCACUGAAAGCUGCUAAAGCUGCCGGUAUUCCAGAGUGCUGCAUCUACCUCUGCGACAUGCCUGGCCAGCAGGAGGCGAAGUUCGAACAGUACGAAACGGUCGCUGAGCUUAUUCUUCGAGGCCAAACUUUGCCACAACUUGAGCCAAUCAAGUGGAAUCGUGGUCAAGGACAAAGACAGACAGCAUUUCUCUGCUACUCCAGUGGUACCUCUGGUCUACCGAAAGCGGUCAUGAUCUCACACAAAAAUGUCAUUGCCAACAUUAUCCAAUUGUCACUUUUUGAUCAAGCAGACCGAGACGCCAUUGCUCCGGCGUAUCGCGACAUUGGACUUGGCCUUCUACCUCAAUCCCACAUCUACAGCCUGAUCAUUAUAUGUCACGCCUCAACAUAUAGGGGCGACUCGGUAAUCGUGCUACCAAAGUUCGACUUGAACACAUACCUCCGCACAAUAGAGUAUUUCAAAAUUAACACCCUCUAUCUCGUUCCGCCGUUGGUUAUCGCAAUGAUCAACAAUCUUGAAACACUAAAGAAAUACGAUCUUUCCUCCGUCAAGCGGGUGUGGGUCGGGGCGGCACCGUUAGGGCUGGAGGCAACUAAUGCAUUGCUCUCCGCGUAUCCCUCCUGGAAGAUAACUCUCGGAUAUGGCAUGACAGAAACAUGCGUCGUUGUCACUUCCGGUACGCCUAGGGACAUUGUCGUUGGCAGUUCCGGCCUGAUUUUGCCAGGCUUUGAGAUCAUGCUCGUUGACCCGGACGGCAAGCGGGUGGACACAUACAACGAGCCGGGCGAGGUGUGGGUGAAAUCGCCAAGUGUUGUGCUCGGCUACCUGAAUAACGAGUCUGCAAAUCGCGACACUUUCGUUCACACGGAGAAUGGUCGCUUCAUCAAGACAGGAGACGUCGGGGAAAUGCGGAAGGCACCCAGCGGAAAGGAGCACCUCUGGAUCGUGGACCGAAUCAAAGAACUCAUCAAAGUCAAGGGUCAUCAAGUUGCUCCGGCUGAACUAGAGGCGUGCCUAUUGGGCCAUUCAAGCGUGGCGGAUUGUGCCGUCAUUUCUGUGCCGGAUGAUCGUGCCGGCGAAGUCCCAAAGGCUUACAUUGUCAAGUCGGGGCCAUGUUCCGAGAAGGGUAUCCAGGAGUACGUGCAGGCCAGGAAAGCUCCCCACAAAUGGAUCAAGGGAGGCAUCGAGUUUGUGGAUGCGAUUCCCAAGUCUCCUUCGGGCAAGAUACUAAGACGGUUGUUGAGAGACCGUGAGAAGCAGCGGCAGUACCUUCGAGACAUCAGGAACGUGCACUUGGUGACCAAAGGUAGUCUGUCGGCAAACUUCGGCUAUGCCUAUAUGAGUAAGCCGGUCACAGCGUUGGUGGUCUGGAACAAUCUCAAGUAUCGAAUCACGGCAUUAGCUUUCGAUAUUCACUACAAGCAAGCCCAUAGCCAUGCAGAUUCCCGCGACUAUGUUUGCUUGGAGAAAGCACAAGGGCAAUCCAAAUCCUGUUUUGGAAGAGGUACCCGUACCCAUGCCCUCGCCGACGGGCGUAUUGUGCAAGAUGCUCGCCUCCGGGGUGACCACUCGCUUCUCACCAUCGAAAAGCAGCCCGGCUGGUUUCAGGAUAAAUUCAUUCUUGGCCACGAGGGGUGCGGUCAAAUCAUCAAGCUUGGAGAUCAGGUUCUUGACUCAGAAUUCAAAGUGGGCGACAUUGUGGCUUUGAACGCUGUUCCAGGAUGUGGCGCUUCCCACUGCGAUGAAUGUUCGCGGGACUUAGCUCAGAUAUGCGAAGUUGGCCAUCAUUCCGGCAUCGGUCAGGAUGGAUUCUAUGCUCCGUACGCGGCUAUCGAUGUCCGUGGACUUGCACAUGUUCCUCAAGGAGUCUCACCCGCUGAGGCUGCGGUGGCCACUGACGCCGUUACCACCGCUUACCACGCUGUUCAUCGAAGAGGCGAAGUCAAAGCAGAUGAGACCGUUUUUCUAUUCGGCCUGAGAGGCCUGGGAUUCAAUGCUCUUCAAAUUGUCCUGAACAUUGGGGCAAGAGUCAUUGUCUCUGAUAUCAGAGAAAGUCUGCUCGAAGAGGCUGCCGCCAUUGGGGUCCCUCGGGCAGACUUGGUUCCGCCAGGGAAGAAGGUUCAAGAAUUUGUCAUUGAACAAGGAUUGACCGGUAAAAUCGACACCGUCCUCGAUUUUGUCGGCACUCAUCAGACCUUUGAGGAUGCUCAGCAGAUAGUUCGUCGAGGUGGGAAGCUGCUAUGCAUUGGUAGUCUCGACACCGAAAACACCAUACAUAUGAAGAUUGGAACCAGGAAGCGACUCAGCUACAUCUUCUCUUAUGGAGGUCAGGUAAAGGACCUGAGGGAAGUUUUGCAACUCAUUGCCAAAGGCAACAUUAGGCCCAGAGUUGAGACGGCGAAAUUGAGUGACUUUCCCGAUGUCUUGGAACGCUUGGAAAGAGGGGAAAUCAAAGCCAGAGUUGCUUUGAUGCACGAAUGA